UUAGCGACUGUGACCCCAGAGAUUAGCAACUGUGACUCCAGAGAUUAGCGACUGUGACCCCAGAGAUUAGCGAUGGGAGGAUGCCAAGAUAAACUGAGCUACACGUGUACUCAGGAGGCCAGCACCGCCCAGCCAUGAGGCCAUCUUUAGCUCUUCUCCUCCUGGCCCGUCUCGUCGUGGCCAUCUCCCAGGACCUGCCGUCACGUAACUAUGACAACCAGAUUUCUGGACGAGUUCGACCCACCCAAGUGAUCUUAGCCAAUAGGUACUCGCCAGCAGCACUGACCAACUCACGUGACACCACGUCACGCAUCACCGCCUCACAUCAGCAAGAGUUCCACCCUACUGGGGCCAUUAGGUCCCUCGUGCAUGGCCCAUCUCAGCAUGGCCCAUCUCAGCAUGGCCCAGCUCUUAACAGAUUUCAGAUUUCAAUACCAGAGGAGCAGACAGCUGAAGACAGUGACGACCAGACACUGGAUUAUGACGCUCUGAAAGACUUUGGAGAAAACUCCAAAAAGUCCAAACGUGCGAGGACGAGGCAAACAGCCCGUGCAGACAGUCGUGCAGACAGCCGUGCAGACAGCCGUGCAGACAGCCGUGCAGACAGCCGUGCAGACAGCCCACUGCUGCACGAAGCCGUGCGCCUGCUGCUGGGGUUUCAAGAUGCCCCGCCACUUGACAAGAGUCGCCGACUGGCGUCCAAAGGGAGGUUACCCCAGUAUGUCAAGGACUUAUAUGACAGGUUCCAAUCAGGGGAGAUCACCGCAGUCAACGGUAACACGGUACGCAGUCUUCCUACCAAAAUAGGUCGGGUAGAGGGUCAGUCGAUGUUUAUCUUCAACCUUUCAUCCCUGAAGCCCAGCGAAGAUCUGCUCGCUGCCGAAAUUCACAUGUUUAGACGAAGGCCCGGGGUGUCAGGCCUGGAGCUGGUUCUCCAAAAGGUGGCGCCCCCUCACGUGAGCGAGCUGGAGCAGAUCGCAGCCUCCGCCUGUGGCUGGCACAGGUAUGACGUCACGUGCGCGGUAAAGAGACUGCUGGGGGCGCAAUACCCUCCACCCCAUCUGCUUGGUCUGAGCUUCAGGCAGCAAAGAAUGGGCGGCACCCCAGACGUCGUGCCGGUCAGACAGUUUGUCAGACGACACUCCAUGCCUUUCCUGGUCCUCUAUUCGAACGAGACAGAGGGCGUGCGGCUCACCCAGAUUGACCUCCUGGCCCAGCGUCUGCUCACCAUAACUAACGGCACAUUGGAAGUGACUGGAACACCAGUUGACGUCGCCGCUGAACUGGGUUACCGUGACCUCCCCAAUGUGGCGCCGAUAGGCCAUGACGUCACACGCUCACAUUUCCAUGGCAAAUCUCAUUGGACAAAUGUGCGAGAGAAAAGAUCCACCUUGACCAACGAGAUCCCAGAAGAUUCUGCACCGGCCUACGAGCAAAAGCAGCAAAUACACAAGACUCACCCGAGCAAUCUACGAGCCCGGAGGAAGAGCCGCCGCCACAAGGGACAGUCCAAUGUUUUACCUCUGUAUGGUCACUCUCAUGGGGCGCCCCACAGGAAGAACCGGCACCGCCACAAGGACAGCUCAAGAAAACUUGGAUCCCCCACAGCCCCGGCCCACGACAUGCGGGGUGAUGUGUGCGGACGGAAAAUGCUGGUGGUGGAUUUUGCUGACAUCGGAUGGGGAGACUGGAUCAUCUCGCCAAAAUCAUUCGAGGCUCAUUACUGCGCUGGGAGCUGUCCGUUCCCGCUAACUAAG